AACUACUGUAAUAAAGUGGUAUAUGUCAUCAAAGGACCAGCCGCCAACGUCACUUGAGGCAUCCAUGGAGGCAUUGGCAAUGCACAAGCCAACACCCAUGGACGCACCUGAAACUCCACGCACACCGUCAAACCAGAGUACUCUUCCUGCACCUCCACGCUCUUUGCACAUCUACACCAAUCAACCUGAAGCCAUCGAAGACUCGCACGCUCGGGUGAUGAUGCGCCUGUCGUCGGGUGGCAAGCGAGCUCUCGGUGGUGUGCUAGCAUGCUCCCUCAGUUUAGUCAAUGAUGGUUCCGAGUCGCGGACGUGGGCCCAGUCUUAUUUUCGAUUUCUCGCCGACACAUGCUGCGAUUUGUCGUCGUCCGCCUCGGAAGGAUUGAUGCCCGUGGUACAGACGGAACGCAGUCGGUCGCAGAUCGCUGAGGACAACUCGACGAGCGCAUUUCUCCGUGAGAUGCCCAUCGACAGCGCCCCCUUCGUCGCCGUUCUCGAGUCGGAGCUCACCCGCGACGAGAUCGUGCAGCUGUUCUGCUUCAUUCUGUGGCGCACCACGCACGCUGUCGGGUACAACUUCCAUCUUCUUAACCACCCAGAUGUCUCAUACGGUCAUAUUCUUAGCUACGACGCACGUACCCGAUCCAUGCUUCGCCUAGCCUCGCGCCAAUUCCACGACCUCCCUUGGACCGCCAUCGGCGCAGAGGAAGUCGUGUUGGCUCGCGCGUUGCUUCUCGAAGCCACGGAACUUCAAUCGACCAAAAAAGUGCAAAGUCCCCGUAAAUGGAGUGACUGGCGACGCAAUCUAGCCAUUGGUGGCGCGGCAGUUGCCGGCGGAACGCUGCUGGCGCUGACAGGAGGCCUCGCGACGCCGCUGGUGGCCGCGGGGUUCACCGCACUGGGGGGCGCCGGCGCUGCCAUCGGGACCGCGUUGGCGUCUUCGGGGGUCGUCACCGCCGCCACCGUCUUGUUUGGCACGGCGGGGGCUGGCCUCGCUGGCUUCAAGACGGAUCGACGGACACUCGGGAUCAAGCAAUUUGAGUUCCAAUUGCUAACCCCGGGCGAUGGCAUGCACGUGUACGUGUGUGUGGCUGGGUGGCUCGACGACGAUAACAUGGCUGAGUUUUCCACUUCAUUUGGGACUCCGCGCGAGUACCUUCGGGCGUUUUACGCGCAGUUUUGUCCCGAGAAGCUCGGAUCGGUCGACAGCAUGGCGGAGCGCUACAAGGGCCGCGAAGACGAGCUGUUUGAUAUGCUGCGCAAACAGUACAACGUGCCCCUGGACCAGGAUCCGAUCACAAUUAGCCUUGACCAAGGGUUACCAAUGGAAGGGAAACCGUCGCCCGUGCAACUUCGCGCGUGGCGAUGGAAGCAUCGCAUGCCAUUUGGAGACCAGUACAGUUUAUGCUGGGAAAAGGACGUGCUGGUGCGCUUUGGCAAGAAGAUGCGCACCUUCACCAAAGAGAUGGUGCUCAGCUACGCCCGCGGCGAGAUCAUCCAGCGCACGAUCUUUGCCGCGCUGUUUGCCGCCGUGGCGCUGCCCAAGUUUGUGAUCAACCUGUGCAAUAUGAUCGACUCGGAGUGGGCGAUGGUCAUGUCCCGAGCAGACUCGUGCGGCGUUUUGCUGGCUAAGGCGCUGUUAGCACGGCAGCAGGGACUGCGGCCUGUGUCGCUGAUUGGCUACGGCAUGGGCGGGCGGCUAAUCUUUGCGUGCUUGAAGCACUUGGCCGCCCAGGGGGUAACCUGACCGAGUGUCGAUGCGAUGGUGAUGAUAAUGUUUAGGACGCUGGGCUCGGGAUUAUCGAAAACGCUGUGAUGCUGGGGGCAGCGAUGCCCGUGGUUGUGACAGAGUGGAACGCUGUCAAGGCAGUGGUCGCGGGUAGAUGGAUCAACGGCUACUCUGCAAACGACUGGAUGCUCGCCGUGAUGUUUCGAUAUCAGAACUUUUCGAUUGGCGCGCCAGCAGGGUUGGCACCCGUGAAAGUGUGUGGGGUCGAGAACGCCGACCUCUCGGCUUUGAUCACAGGUCACUUGGAUUACCCCAACAAGAUGGGACUCAUUGUGGAAACGCUGCGAUUGGAAGUGUGAUGGGGUGUUCGAGUUAGCGUUUUUAUUCAUAUAUGGAGCAAGUAAUACACUGGCCGGAUAGACAUACAGUAACGUUAGCGUAUAAUCUGAAGGAACGUUACGUUUUAUUACUCUGUUCCA